AGUUACUGAAUACACUAUUAUAUGAAGUCCGUUAAAUACAAAAUUUACCUGGAUGGCGAUUAAGUUUGAAGCGAAUGCUACGCAGGCCAUGAGUAGUGUCAAAAAAGACAAUUUAUAGGAUCAAACAAACUCUUGCAAAAGAAACAAUUAUGAAAUUCUCACCUCCUUUAUCCUCUUCCGGUAUCGUUUUAAAGUCAGUUAUGGAGUACACUAUCAUACAAAGUCCAUUAAAUGCAGAAAUAUACGUGGACGGCAAUUUACUUUACCUGCCAUAUUUUCGUACACGUGUACAUACAUAUCAUACAUAAACUGCAGAAAAAACAGAAGAGACUGCUACGCAUGCUAAUGCUGUCAUUAUACAUUGUACUCACUACCUGUCCUCUCACUGGCUAAGGGCCUACAGCUAAUUUUGGAAAUCAGUGCAACCUACAGAUUAGUUAGUUAUCUGCUAGGUUGCGCGCGCAAUGCAUGAUUUCCAAUAAACAAUAUCAAUUCAGGUUCCCUGGACGGUGUAUUUGACAAUUAUUCCUCGAGCCCGAAUGGGUUCUGAGUCCAUGAGGCCGAAGACGGAAUGGGCUAUCGACUCAGAGGCCAUGAGGGCGAGAGGAAUAAUUGUUUUAGUAAAAUCCAGUAGUUGAUAAAAAAUAUCCAGACAAAACAACUUUAGCUAACAACACGCGAUUCAGCCGCCAUUUUUUUGGUUUUCAAAGCUGGUGCUUUUCGCUACUAGUGGGCUUUUGCAUACAGUCUAGUAGUAGCUCAACCAAUCAGAAUGCAGCGUUCAUAAUAGACCAGUAGUUGCAUUUUACUAAUAGCCGUUAUCUUCUUCCAAUCUCGACCCCAGUGCUUACGCAAUCUGACUCCGCGCGUUCAUGCGCAAAAGAGCUCUGGGGUCGAGAUUGUAUUUUCCUCAAAACUUUACAAUGUAUAAUAGACCUUUUUACCGAUACGGCGGCCAUAUUGAAUUAAUUGGAUUUAAGGAGUAUUAUGGGAUGGCCAGGGGCAUGAGCACGAUCCGAUAUACUCGCAUCAGUAUUUACGCGCGCUUUUCGGGCCAAUUUUGUUUAAGUUUUCCUAAAAAAAAGAUUGUAAUGGGGAAAAAAGAUCGUUGUGCCGUGUUUGAAUGUAAUAGUGAUUGCAUUUUUGCCUAGAGAUAUACAUUGAAGUUCUAUUUUUGCCCGAAAAGCGGGCGUAAAUACUGAGCGAGUGCCCCCUGGGCAUCCCAUAAUACUCCUUAAAUCUAAUAAAUUCGAUAUGGCCACCUAGGUUCGGUCUUUGUGAUAUCCUUCGGCGCUGAUGAUAACACUUACCUCGACCUAGCCUCCCACGCAGGCCUUUUUAGGGGAGUUCGUCUUUCGACCUUGAUUAUCCCCAUCCUAUAGUUGUUUAUUAUACAAUGAUUUAUUGGAUCAAACAACAUACUUUCGCGUGCCGAUAAUUAGCUCGACCGCUUCCAAGUUGUUUGUUUACUAAUCAGGGGCAUCCGAGGACUGUUUUCUGUAAAAUAUCUGUUCGGAGAAACAAAAAUUACCUAAAAUUUUCUUAAGCUUCAGGAAGGCUAAAAAUUUCUAGAUGACCGUUCCAUUCAUGAACAAUUUUUGAAGCCUUUCUAAUAAAUUCCCUAAGAUUUUCUAAAGUUAAACUUUUGCACAUUUCACUGCCCCAGGUAAGCUAUUUUUCAUAGAAAAAGGAAACCUAAAAUUUUCGGAUUCGAGAAUGCAAUGAAGAGAGGAAUAAGAAAAAUUCUUACUUUAGUAAAACUUUAAAUGGCAUCUAAUAUUUUCGGGAAAAGAAUAUUGAAGCUACUAAUUUCGAAAAGCCUUAAGUUGCCCUAGUAUGACCGAACAGAUACAAAUUUUAUAGGGCUGCUAGAGAAUGCAUUUCUAGAAAUCUAAAAGUACUCAGGAUACCUAAAAAGUGUUUUCAAAGCAUUUAGGAGGAAACCGUUGUUGGGUGCCCCUGACCAAUGCCAACUGGCUCUGAACUGUUUUUUUACAUACACAUGAUCUUCACCAAAAAUUUGUUUCAUCAGUGCUUUUUCGUGGAGGUCUUUAGCUUACCUUGGUACUCCCAGGCGGUUGAACACUUGUACUGAUGCCAAGUUGUUAUAACUCGUUUCUACAUCGACAUGGUCUUCACGAAAAAUCCUUAUGCGAAUCAUCAGUGCUUUUUCGUGAAUUGUAUACUCCCAGGCGGUUGAACACUGAUGCCAAGUUGGUAUAACUCGUUUCUAUAUCGGCAUAAUCUUCACGAAAUUUUCUUGUGCAAAUCAUCAGUGCUUUUUCGUGGCAGUUCUUUGGCUUGAUUGUAUUCGCCCAGGCGGUUGUACACUGAUGCCAAGUUGUUAUAACUCUCUCCUACAUCGGCAUGAUCUUCACCAAAAAUCUUUUUGCAAAUCGUCAGAGCUUUUUCGUGAAGUUCUUUGCCUUGAUUGUAUAUAUUUUCCCAGGCGGUUCUACACUGACGCCAAAUUGUUAUAACUUGAAGCUAGAUCGGCAUGAUCUUCACGAAAAAUCUUUUUGCGAAUCGUCAGAGCUUUUUCGUGAAGUUCUUUGGCUUGAUUGUAUUCUCCCAGGCUAUAGUACACUAAUGCCAAGUUGUUAUAACUUGAUGCUAGAUCGGCAUGAUCUUCACCAAAAAUCCUUUUGCAAAUCAUCAGUGCUUUUUCGUGGAGAUCUUUGGCUUGAUUGUAUUGUCCCAGGCGGUUGUACACUAAUGCCAAGUUGGUAUAACUCGUUGCUACAUCGGCAUGACCUUCACCGAAACUCCUUUUGCGAAUCAUCAGUGCUUUUUCGUGAAGAUCUUUUCCUCGAUUGUAUUGUCCCAGGCGGUUGUACACUAAUGCCAAGUUGGUAUUACUCGUUGCUACAUCGGCAUGACCUUCACCAAAAAUCCUUUGUGCUUUCUCACACACACUGGGAGCCAUGCCAAGCCGACCAUGCA